AUGCGUGUCGCCAGCGCCAUCGCUGUGGCCUUGAGCCUCGCCGGCGCAGCCUCCGCCAACGUUCACCCUCGCGCCAUCGAAUCCCGCGAGUUUUUCGCUCUCCAUCUCGACGAUGAUACCCCUCCCUCCCAUAUCGCAGACGCCCUCGGUGCACGACAUGAAGGCCAAAUCGGUGAACUGGCCGGCCACCAUACCUUCUCGCUCCCCAGAGAACAAAGCGACGAUUUCAAUGCCCUCCUAAACGGACUCCGAUCGAAGCGAAACCUUCGGCGACGAGGAGAGCCCGUGAUUUCUGCCCGAAGUGCCGACCCUCUAGAUGGUAUUCUAUGGUCGGAGCAGCUUGCCCGCCCAAGGCAACGACUACACAAGCGCAUCCCACCUCCCAUGCCCAAAGUCGAUCGUCGAUUUGCAGCAGAGAGUCAAAUCAAACCUUCUGAAGCCCAAUCCGAAAUCAUGCAUACCUUGGGAAUCACCGAUCCCAUCUUCAAGGAUCAGUGGCACCUUUUCAAUCCCCUUCAACCGGGCCAUGAUCUCAAUGUCACAGGCCUCUGGCUCGAGGGCGUGACAGGUGACGGUGUAGUGACGGCCGUCGUCGACGAUGGGUUAGACAUGUAUAGCAAUGACCUCAAGCCCAACUACUUCGCCGAGGGCUCAUGGGAUUACAACGCGGGUUCUCCGGAGCCACGCCCUGUUCUUUCCGACGACAAGCACGGCACCCGCUGCUCGGGAGAAAUCGCUGCUGCGAAGAAUGAUGUGUGUGGAGUUGGCGUGGCGUACGGCAGCAGGAUUGCGGGCAUUCGAAUUCUGUCCGCCGCGAUUUCGGAUGAGGAUGAAGCGGCAUCCAUCAAUUACAAAUACCAACAUAACGACAUCUACUCCUGCUCUUGGGGCCCCAUGGAUGACGGCAAAACUAUGGACGCCCCAGGAAUGCUUAUCAAACGAGCAAUGGUCAAUGGUGUGCAGAAGGGUCGGGAUGGAAAAGGCUCGGUCUUUGUGUUUGCGGCCGGCAACGGUGCGACAUAUGAUGAUAAUUGCAACUUCGACGGGUACACCAACAGUAUUUACAGCGUCACGGUCGGUGCCAUCGACCGAAACGGAGACCACCCAACGUAUUCCGAGUCAUGCUCGGCCCAGCUGGUGGUUGCGUAUAGCAGCGGAGGCAGCAGCGCGAUCCACACAACUGACGUUGGUACCAACCAAUGCUACUCCGGGCACGGUGGUACCUCUGCGGCUGGUCCACUCGCCGCAGGCUCUAUCGCUCUUGCCCUCAGUGUUCGGCCCGACCUCACAUGGCGUGAUAUCCAAUAUCUGAUGGUAGAGACUGCUGUCCCGGUCCAUGAGGAUGAUGGAAGCUGGCAGAAGUCUCCCUCUGGCCGCAUCUUUAGCCACGAUUGGGGCUUUGGAAAGGUCGAUUCCUAUGCGUUGGUUCAAAAGGCUCGCGACUGGGAACUUGUGAAGCCUCAGGCCUGGUACCACUCGCCCUGGCUGCGUGUUCACAAUGACAUCCCUCAGGGUUCCCAGGGAUUAAUCAGUCGGUACACAGUGACUGGCGAUCAAAUGAAAGAUGCCAACUUUGCCCGAGUCGAGCACGUGACGGUAACAAUGAAUGUCAACCACACUCGUCGCGGUGACCUAAGCGUGGAACUGCGCAGUCCCAGUGGAAUUGUCAGCCAUCUCAGUGUUACCCGCAAAUACGAUGAUGUAAAAUCUGGAUAUGAGGACUGGACAUUUAUGACCGUUGCUCACUGGGGCGAGUCACCUUUGGGCGAAUGGUCAGUCAUUGUCAAGGAUACCAUUGUCAAUGAGCACAGCGGUCAGUUCGUCGACUGGAGACUCAAUCUCUGGGGAGAGGCUAUCGAUGGAACCGAUCAGCCCCUUCACCCAUUGCCCGAUGACCAUGACCAUGACCACCCAUACGAGGAAGCCCAUGUGGCGACAACCUCUGUUCAACCUGGGCCGACGAAGACCGCUACUCCCACAAAUCCUGACGACCAUCAUGACAGGCCUAUCAACCAGAAGCCUUCCCAAUCGAGCGAGGCAUACCCCGCGGUAGAGUUGGAUGCUACUGAGACUGAUGCUGCCAGCACAACCGCAAGCGCGACUCCUACUUCCACUGCCGCCUCGGACAGCAAAUUGGCCCACUUCUUGCCUUCAUUUGGUGCUUCGAAGAGGACUCAAGUCUGGAUUUAUGCGUCUUUGGCCAUGAUUAUUGUUUUCUUCAUUGGUUUGGGUGUCUACUUCCAGCUCCAACGCGUCAAGCGUCGUCGCACCAGCGCUCAGGAUGACUACGAUUUUGAAAUUAUUGAGGAUGAGGAUGAGAUGCAUCCGAUGGCCGGUGGCGCUGGUCGAACCCAGCGCCGCGGUGGUGAACUGUAUAACGCAUUUGCUGGCGAAAGCGACGAAGAGCUGUUUAGCGAAGAUGAUGACGAUGAGCCUUAUCGUGAUGGGCUAACCAGGAUCUCUGAGAAGGAUGGUGAGGGCGAAGACGACUCGCCCGGUAGCCAUCUCUUGUCGGAAAAGAAGUAG